AUGGCCGACAUCGCAAAUAGAAUAGCUGAAGCCCGCAAGGAAGCAGAAACCUUGAAAGAGAAGAUUAAAGCGAAAAAAGAUGCAUUAGCAGACACCUCUUUGAGAGCAAUGGCAGCUGAAAUUGACCCUCUACCUAGAAUUGUAAUGAAAGUUCGUCGUGUCCUUAAAGGACAUCUUGCUAAGAUUUAUGCAAUGCAUUGGGCAUCAGAUAAACGUCACCUUGUUUCUGCUUCACAAGAUGGUAAACUUAUCGUCUGGGAUGCACCUACAACAAAUAAAGUUCAUGCUAUUCCACUUAGAUCCUCAUGGGUUAUGACCUGUGCAUACGCACCAUCCGGCAACUAUGUUGCUUGUGGUGGUUUGGACAAUAUUUGCUCUAUCUAUAAUCUUAAAACGAAAGAAGGUUCCGUUAAAGUUGCACGAGAAUUAAAUUCUCAUACAGGUUACCUCUCAUGCUGUAGAUUUCUUGAUGAUAGACGAAUUUUGACAUCAUCAGGUGACACGACUUGUAUGCUUUGGGAUAUUGAUGCUGGCAUGAAAACUUUAGAAUUUAAUGAUCAUACUGGUGACGUAAUGAGUCUAUCUCUUGCUCCAAACCAACAAAUAUUUGUUUCUGGUGCUUGUGAUGCUAGUGCAAAAGUCUGGGAUAUCAGAACUGGUCGUUGUGUACAAACAUUUACAGGUCAUGAAUCAGACAUCAAUGCUGUUCAAUUAUUCGAUCUUCGUGCUGAUAGAGAACUUAACCAAUAUACACAUGAUAAUAUCCUUUGCGGUAUUACUUCUGUUGCAUUUUCUAUUUCUGGCCGUCUCCUUUUUGCAGGUUACGAUGAUUUCAACUGUAAUGUUUGGGAUACAUUGAAGGGUGAACGUGUUGGUGUGUUAGCAUCACACGAGAAUCGUGUUAGUUGCUUGGGAGUAUCAAGUGAUGGUAUGGCUUUGUGCACGGGCAGCUGGGAUUCAUUAUUAAAGGUCUGGGCUUAA